AUGUAUCAAAAAACGUUUUAUUCUCGUCGAGUUGUCGAAAGACGCAACGAAAAACGCAAACAACGCUUACGACGUUUGGAAAAAAGAUCUAAUUAUUUGGAGAUUUCAUCUGAUAGUGAAGAGGAAAAUCAACAUAUUCAAGAAACACAAUGCUCAACAGCAACAACUAAUAAUAUUUUUCCAACAAUUAUAGAUGAUUUAUCUUGUUAUAACAAUUAUCAUGAUGAUGAACAUGACAAUACACAUAUUUUGAACAAUAUUGUUGACAAUUUCAAUGAUCAAUCACCACCGCUUUAUAAUGAUAGUAAAUUAUCUCUCAAGGAAUCAAUGAAGUUAUUAAUGAAUUUACUGAUAUCUGAUAUCAAUUUAGAUAAACAAAAUAUUUUACGCUUACUUAAAAUAAUUAAAUGUAUAUUGCCACAACCAAACACAUUGCCUGUUACUUGGAAGAGUAUCAUGAAAUUAUUUGGACGUAAUAAUUUAUUUACAACGACAUUUUUAUGCUCGUUGUGUCAUACAAAAUGUGAUAAAACAAAAUUUAAUACAAAGAUUUGCAGAAAUGAAAGUUGUACACGUUCAAAAGUGGUAUUAAAAACACAUGAAACUACUGAAUUAGUUAAUUUAGACGUUCGUACUCAACUAACUUCAAUUAUCAAUAGAAAUUUUAAUUUAAUAUUAAAAAAUUCAGAUUAUUUUCCGAAAUCUGAUAUAUCAAGUGGUGCUUUUUACCAAACAACAAUAUCCAAAUUAAAGUGCAAUACACUUACUAUAGUUCUCCAUACUGAUGGCGCACCUUUAAUAAGAACUACUAAACAAGCAAUCUGGCCAUUAUUUGGUUCCAUCGUUGAAAUAUGUCCUCCUGUACGAGAAUAUCAAAAGAACAUCAUUCUUCUUGGUCUAUGGUCUUCUAAAAGCAUAUGGAGUGGUAGCAUCGUUUUGUAUCCAUAUGACCACAAUAAUCUUCAACUACGUUCACAUAGUUCAUUUAUUGCUGCAGCUAAAGAAGCUCAAGAAAAGUCAACGAAGAAAAGAAUUAAAAGUGUUACUGGUGUUAAAGGUUUAUCCUGUUUAUUGGAAAUAAUGUCAUAUCCACAACAAAUCUUAUUAGAUUAUAUGCAUUUGGUUUGUCUUGGACAUGUUCAAACAAUGAUCAAACGUUGGAUUGAUUUAGUUGACAAAUCAGAUGUGAAGACGAUGGACAACAUGUUAUUUAAUAUUCGAGUACCCCAUAAUAUUCAUGUAGUUUAUAGAGAAUCAAUGUCAAAUGUUGAUCGCUGGAAAGCGAAACAUAGUCGCUUAUUUGUGCUCAAUAUUGGUUUACCUAUAGGUGUUGCUAAUCUUCCUUGUUUAUAUGCAUCACACUGGGUAAUUUAUUGUAUUGCCAUCAAACUUUUACAUGCACCUGAAUUAUCAAGUGAUAUUGAUUUUGCUGAACAUUUAAUCAAUUUUUAUUGCCGAACAAUUUCCAAAGUAUAUGAUCAAUCAUUAGAAUAUUAUUCACUCCAUGCUCACCUUCAUUUUCCUGCACAAGUACGACUUCAUGGAGGUUUAUCAUUUUGUUCUGCUUUUACGUUUGAAUCCUGCAUUAGAUAUAUCAAAAAAAAAGUUCAUGGUACAAAAAAUUUAGCAAGUCAAAUUGCAUAUUGGUAUGACAUGGAGAAUAUGGUCAAUGAUACUAAAUUUGAAAUUCCUUCAUGCAAUGGAAUUAGUGUAAUUGAUUUUAAGAGUGAACAACUUGUUGAGUACCAUCAAAUUAUCAUCAAUCUUAUUCUAUUAAAUGAUCAACAUUUAAAAGAAAUUAUUUUUUAUAAACGUUACAAGCAUCACUUCAUUACUUAUCAUACAAUAUUGUAUGAUAAAUCAUUCAAAUGCUGCAGUUAUAUUGUUUCAUAUGACAACAAAAAUAAUGAUAUCAUUUGUUAUGGACGAAUUAUUGUUUUCUAUGAAUAUGAUAAUAUAUAUUUCGCAUUUAUUCAAAAGUAUAAUAUUUCGAAGAAAAAAAUUUCUGAUUUUGUUGAAUUACCGAUUGAAGUAAUAGAACGAUUAAAUCAAUUAUAUCCAUUAAUGGAAUUAUCAAAUGAUUAUGAUAUUAUUUCUGUUGGAACUUUUCGUCAUAAAUGCAUAUCAAUACCAUUUCAAGAUGUAUUUUGUUCGAUGAGUGAGAUCGAGUCCGCAGCUGAACGAUUGGAUAAAGAAAUGAAUACUGAUUUGGAAUCAGAUUGUGAAGCUGUAGUGAAAAACUCCAAAAAUAAUAAACAACAACAACGACAAAACUUAUCAUCACAAACAAAUUUGUCUAGAACAACUACUCAAAUAGAUAAUUCAUCAACAACAAAAACCAAUCAUACUCAAAAGAAAAAUGAUCAUAGUGCCACACAAACAAGAAUACAAUCGUUAGCUUCAACUGAUCUUUAUAUGCCAUCAACAAUUUAUAAAACACCACCACCUAUAAAUACAUCUGUUCAUAAUAAACGAGUUCAAGAAACUUCUAUCGAACGAAGUACUAGUUCUACAGGUGGUAUAUUACGUUCAGUUGAUAAUGUGGCAAGAAGCACGAAAAAUGUACGACCAGCUGAACGGAUGUUGACGUUUGAUGAUGACUUUGGUGAAGGAGAUAGUGAUGAUGAACAAUCCGUCGAAUCUGUACUUGAUUUAGAUAGUUUAUUACCAUCUACAUCAGCAACAAACGAUCGAAACAAUAUUCGAAUACCUAAGAGAAGCUUACCAAAAACUUCAAAACGAACAUCUCAUGAAAAAACUGCUAAACGAUUGUGUACUAAAUCAUCAGCAUCAACAACUAAUGAUUCUGGUAAUAAUGAAGCAAUAAUGUUAUUGAAAACACUGAUGUUAUCAGUUGCUGAUUUAAACAAAGAUAUGUAUCAAGCUUCAAAAGAUAUUAAAAAUUUAUUGGUAUCGGUAGAUAAAGUUGAUAAAAAAAUAAAUAUUUUGUAUGAAAAUCAAAAGAAAAUGCAGCGAGCAUUAUCAAAGAAAAAGAUCAAUGUUGCAUUAAAUGGUGAUCAAUUUGGGGAUGAAAAUAUAAUCGUUGAUGAUUCACCAUUUAAAUCUACAUUGACUUAUGUCAAUUCAGAAGGCGUAUCUGUAGAUCUACUUCAGUUAUAUGGUGCUCAAACACAUAUGGGUCGUUAUGUUGCACUUGUAAUGGAUAAGUUAUUUACGUUCGAAGAAAUAACAACCAUUACUAAAGAUGAAUUGGUAAAUGAUGAACGAUACUUAAUUAUUAAAGAAGCAGUUCGAUCAAGAUUCAAGCUGAAUCAUGAAAUGUUACAGUCUGAAUGGUCAACCUUGCAUGAAUCCAUUCUUCAAAAGAGACGCAAUGAAUUGAAGAAAAAAAAAAGUAGUGCUGGUAAUGUAACAGUGCAACCUGCACCACAAGUAGUACUACAAAACAGCUUUGAUGACUUUAUUGGUUCGUUUGCAAUUUAA